GCAAGUGCGCGUGCGCCGGCCAGUCUCUGAACUGAACGAGCAGCAGCAGCGCGAGGAGGGACAGACUCACCUGCUAGGUGUCCCACAAGUACUGAAGAAAGUCCGGCUGCUUAUAAAGUAUAUCGCGAUGGAUGAGUGGGAAGAGCAGGAAACACCUUCCUAUGGUCCUUCAGACCUCAGCAGCAGCACCUCUAACGCAGGUGUGCUCCCCGCAGCCACACAGGGAGGUUCCUGGAACGGUGAGCAAGGUGAAUUUAGACGGGGUCGUGGAGGCCGAGGACGGAGAGGAUUCAAAAACUCAUCCUUCUCAGGUGGUGAGGACUGUGGAGAUGCCAGUGACAGCUGGACUCCCACAGAGAGAGGGAGGGGUGGAUUCAGUGGAAGAGGAGGCAGAGGGCGUGGCAGAGAGUCUGGCAGAAUGGAUCAGGGUGGAUUUGAUGAUGACGGCGAUGGCGGGGACAAUAACGCCUUUAGAGGAGGAAGCCGAGGAGGCAGAGGUGGGCGUUACGGGCAAGGUGGUGAGCAGGGUGGCAGAGGUGGCUUUGGAGGAGGUUACCGUGGGAGGGAUGAAGAAGUCUUUGGUCAAGGGGAUGAAAGCAGACCAGAGGGGAAGGAUGCAGGUGAAAGUGACAGGCCCAAGGUUACCUAUAUUCCUCCAACUCCCUCUGAAGACGAGGACGCCAUGUUUGCUCACUAUAAGACCGGCAUCAAUUUUGACAAGUACGACGAUAUCCUGGUGGACGUCAGUGGAACCAACCCACCGCCGGCUAUAAUGACCUUCGAUGAGGCGGCGCUGUGCCAGACCCUGGCAAAGAACGUCAGCAAGUCUGGUUACGUGAAGCCCACCCCGGUGCAGAAGCACGGCAUCCCGAUCAUCUCUGCCGGCAGGGAUCUGAUGGCCUGCGCUCAGACCGGAUCUGGUAAAACGGCUGCUUUUCUGCUGCCAAUUCUCCAGCAGAUGAUGGCAGACGGCGUGGCAGCCAGCCGCUUCAGUGAGCUUCAGGAGCCUGAAGCCGUCAUUGUGGCUCCAACCAGGGAACUCAUCAACCAGAUUUACCUGGAUGCCAGGAAGUUUGCCUAUGGGACGUGUGUGCGACCAGUUGUGGUGUAUGGUGGAGUCAGCACUGGACAUCAAAUUAGAGACAUCAUGAAGGGGUGCAAUGUGCUGUGCGGGACACCAGGACGGCUGCUGGACAUGAUUGGGAGAGGAAAGGUGGGUCUGACUAAACUGCGUUACCUGGUGCUGGAUGAGGCCGACCGCAUGUUGGAUAUGGGGUUUGAGCCUGACAUGCGCCGCCUAGUGGGCUCCCCUGGAAUGCCAUCAAAAGAGAACCGGCAGACUCUGAUGUUCAGCGCUACGUAUCCUGAGGACAUCCAGAGGAUGGCAGCUGACUUCCUCAAGCCUGACUACUUGUUCUUGGCUGUGGGCAUUGUGGGUGGAGCCUGCAGCGAUGUGGAGCAGACAUUCGUGGAAGUCACCAAGUUCUCUAAGAGGGAGGUGCUUUUGGAUCUCCUCAAAACAACAGGAUCCAAGCGCACCCUGGUGUUCGUUGAGACCAAGAGGCAAGCUGAUUUUAUUGCUGCGUUCUUGAGCCAGGAGAAGGUUCCAACCACCAGCAUUCAUGGUGAUCGUGAGCAGCGGGAGCGGGAGCAGGCCCUCGGAGACUUCCGCUCUGGCAAAUAUCCGGUCCUGGUGGCGACCUCUGUGGCUUCCCGUGGUCUGGAUAUUCCAGAUGUGCAGCAAGUGGUGAACUUUGACCUGCCGAAAACCAUCGAUGACUAUGUCCACCGUAUUGGGAGGACUGGGCGCUGUGGCAACAUUGGAAGGGCGGUGUCUUUCUUUGACCCAGAUGCUGAUAGGGAGCUGGCUCGCUCCCUGGUCACAAUCCUGUCUAAGGCCCAGCAGGAGGUCCCCUCAUGGUUGGAGGAGUCCGCGUUCAGCAGCCACGGCCCCGGUGACUUCAGCACCCCCAGGAAGCCUUUUGCCUCCACAGACUCGAGGAAGGGUCCACAGGUGGGCUGUUUCCAGGACAGCAGUGGGUGGAGCCAGCCUGCAGGACAGACUGUAGCUGAUGAUGAAGAGUGGGAGUAGACAGAGUAGUGCAGCAGCAUCUGGCAGCGCUGAUCUGAGUUUGUUUUCAGAGGUGUUCAGGUCAUUAUUUUAAGACUGUUUUUGUUUAUACAAAAUGUUCAAUAACUGUGAAAACCUUUUUUUUUUUUUUAAACUUGGAUUUAGUGUUCCUGCAAACAGCGUUUGUGUGUGGAGUCAGUUCUGUUGCAUGCAGUUCCAAAAUAAAUGAGUGUUUGAA